AAGGAGCAGCGGCACGCCGCGGGUGUCUGCAGGCCGUGCGUCUACUUCCGCACGGGCUCCGGCUGCUCGAACGGCUCUGGCUGCGGCUUCUGCCACCUGCCGCACGCGGCCAAGCGCAGGGCGCGGCCCAGCAAAGCUGUGCGGGAGCAGUGCAAGGCGCGGGUCGCGAUGCUGGACAGUGAGCACGGGGGCGGCCUUGGCGCCGGCGGCGGGUGCAAGGCGCCGCGGGGACCCGCCAUCCGCGGCCUGGACCAGCAGUACAUGCGCAGCAUCCUCCGGGCCAGGGACCGGCAGCGGGGCUCCUGGCAGGCGGCGCCCGGGGCCUCGGCCUGACCUGGCGGCGCGGGGCAGCGGCCGUGACGCUCCGAGCCGCGCUCGCCGGGGCGUGGCGCUCUAUGGGCCGCGAUCUGCGGUGAGCGGCUCGGGCUUGGAGGGUACCCGGCUGCAAUCGGUUGGGCACGCAGGAGUCGUGGGAGCGUGGAGGCUCGAUUCGCCGGCGUCAAGGACACGAGGCAUGUGCCGCGUGUUCUUACACGGCCAGGGAAUAUUGCAGUGCGUAGCGCCAUCUUCGUCUCAAUCAUGUCCUCGGGAUGGUGCCUCAGUCGACCACCACCCAGCAGUUGCGGAGGAGGCUCUGUUUCGACAGGUUCCUCUACGCCAAGCGUCUUUUUGUGCUUUAUUGCUGUCGCCAGGAGUGCGGAGCCGUCUCUCAAUCAUGUCCUCGAGCGUCGUC